AUGCUCACCACACCACCGCGCCUCCAAAUCCGGCGCCCCUCGCCCACCACGACUGAGUUCACCGUCACCACGCAGCCCCCGUCCACGCUCGCCCUGCGCCUCCUCCGAAUCCUGCUGCUGCUCCUGCGCGUCGGCCUCGCCCUCGCCACCAUUCUCCUCGUCGAGGCGCGCUGGUCCGGCUCGCCGCUCGCCAGCCCCCCGCCCGCGCACCCGCUGACCCUCCCGCCCGACCUGCUCACCGCCGACACGCUGUUCUGGGCGCGCGACGUGCUGCACCGCCACGCCGCCGGCCAGGGCCUCGCGCGCGUCGCUGCCGCCGUGCCACUUCCGCUGCUGCUCCCCGCCGCCGCACUCGCGCUGCGGCUGCUUUCGCGGCGCGUCCACGCGGCCGAGAGCCUUCUCGUGAUGCGCGGGCUCGGCGUGCAGACGCGGGAGAGUGCCCCGGGGUACUUUGCGCGUGCCGCCACGCGCUUCAUCCCGACGGAGAAGAUCCGGGAUAUUCUCGUCAACGAGGCGUUUCGCGGCUUCGAGGUCCGCUAUUACCUCGUGGUGGUUGUCGACGGCGAGGAGGACUUGGUGGUGGUGUUUCCCGGGCUGCUGCCGCCGAGGCGCAUCGUCGAGGCCGUCUGGCGCGGCGCGAGGGAGUGUCUGUAUGAGAAGAGGGAUGAAAAGACGCCGAUUUUGUAA